CCUGUCUCUCCCCAGCGCGGCCGCGCGGGGGCGCCCCGGGCGGGCACAGGGCGCAGCUCAGCGCGCAGGCGCGGCCGCCAUUUCCGUGCGGCGCGGAGGGCCCGGGGCGGCUGGUGCUUCGUGUCCCCGCGGGGCUGGCUCCGCGUCCCCCGGCGCUGCGCCCGCUCUCCGGCCCGCGGUGAGUGCGGGCCCGCGUCCCUUCUCCCCGCCGCUCGGAGCCGGCGCCAUGUCCCGAAGAUAUGACUCCAGAACUACCAUCUUUUCUCCAGAAGGCCGCCUGUACCAGGUGGAAUAUGCAAUGGAAGCCAUUGGACAUGCAGGCACUUGCUUGGGAAUUCUAGCAAAUGAUGGGGUGUUGCUGGCAGCAGAGAGACGCAACAUCCACAAGCUUCUGGAUGAAGUGUUUUUCUCAGAGAAGAUAUACAAACUUAACGAAGAUAUGGCCUGCAGCGUGGCAGGAAUCACUUCAGAUGCCAACGUGCUAACAAAUGAGCUGAGGCUGAUUGCACAGAGGUAUUUGUUACAGUAUCAGGAGCCCAUUCCUUGUGAACAACUGGUAACAGCACUGUGUGAUAUCAAGCAGGCUUAUACACAGUUUGGAGGAAAACGUCCUUUUGGUGUUUCGUUGCUGUAUAUUGGCUGGGAUAAGCAUUAUGGAUUUCAGCUGUAUCAGAGUGAUCCUAGUGGAAAUUACGGAGGCUGGAAAGCUACGUGUAUUGGGAAUAACAGUGCUGCAGCUGUGUCCAUGCUAAAGCAAGACUACAAAGAAGGAGAAAUGACCUUGAAGACUGCACUUGCCUUAGCCAUUAAGGUUCUCAACAAAACCAUGGAUGUGAGCAAACUCUCUGCAGAGAAAGUUGAAAUUGCAACACUGACCAGAGAGAAUGGCAAGACAGUAAUAAGGGUUCUGAAGCAAAAGGAGGUGGAACAUUUGAUAAAACAACAUGAGGAGGAGGAGGCAAAAGCUGAACGUGAAAAGAAGGAAAAAGAACAAAAAGAAAAGGAUAAAUAGAAUAUUAAAUCAAGUGUUCUGGAGGUAAUAUAGGACCUGCUUCAGUAAAAGAUAAUCUGGAUUUCUUUUGUGUAAAAGCCUGUGAAUACACCAUGGAGGACCUAGAAUUACUUUUGAUGAACCAGGUCCUUAAUCAUCAUUCAGAUAAUUAACUUACUGCUCCUUACAUUGACCAGUAAUUGCUUUAAUUCUUGAACACACUUUCUUUUGUCUUCUAUUUUUUAUUAUGGAAUAAAAUUUAAGAAUAAUA